CGUAUUCCUCCAUUGCUCCAUGUGUGAUUGCUUGUCCUAAUCUCCUAAUCACUGAUCUUGGGUCCAAAUAAGUUUCUAAUCAAUUUCGUGCAUAUUUGUUACGGAAGAAAAUGCCAGUUCACGAAAAGAAACACAAAAAGAAGAAGUCACAGGUUGACAUUGAUAUCGAGAAUGAUUGUUCACAAUCUCACCGUUCGAAAAAGAAGAAACGUAAACGGGAACGUGUGGAAAAGCAAGGCGAAGGGGAGGUUUUUGUACAUAAAAAGGUUAAGCGAAAGAAAAUGGAGCUCGUGGAGGCAGUCGACUCAAGUAUUCCUAAUUCGUGCGUUAAUCAAAAUCAGGAUGUAUCAUUAGAAUGUUUGAAAAAUCAUACAAAGCACAAAAAGAAUAAGAAGAAAUCAAAAGAUGUUGAUGUAAAUAAGUUAGAUAGCAAGAAGGAAAGCAUGGAACAGAGAAAAGAACUUGAUAUCAACAAAAGUGGUCAUCAUGGUAGUGAUAAAGAUUUAGGCCGUUUUGAACCAAAAAGAAAAAACAGUGAAGAGGCAAAUGGGCCCCCUAAAAAGAAAAGGAAGAAAAAAGAAAAAGAGAUCAAAGAGAUAAAACCAGAGGAGUUGGUCGAGGAGGAUCAUAAAAAGAAGAAAAAAAAGAGAAAUAAGGAAAAAAAGAUAAAAAACGAAAUAGAUCUUGAAGAGACCUUUGAAGAGUUUAAAGUUAAAAAGGAAAAAAAGGAUAGGAAAAAUAAAGGUGACAGGGAAAAUGAAAAGAAGCAGGAAGCCAAAGUGGAAGUAAAAACUGAAGUGGCAUGUGAGAUGGACAAUGUCUGCCAGAAAGAAGAAAAAAAGAAGAAGAAGAAGAAGAAGAAAAAGAAAAAGGAAGGCGAGCAAGAAAUUGAAAUGAGGGAGGCACCCAAAAAGGAACAGACUAACAUUGAGGUAACAAAAAAGAAAGUUCAGAACUCUGCAAAUGACAGUGAUGAUGAAAGUUGUGACAUAACUGUUGACUUAAACUUAGGUUUAUCAUCUGCUUCAUCAGAUGAAGAAAAUAGCCAGACAUUUGAAAACCUCAUGGUAUCUUUUCAAGAAAAGAAACAAGGUGUAAUGAUAAAGAACAAGAAAUUUGAUAUAAAAGAUGCUGAGAAGAAGAAUUCAGGCACAAUGGAUGGUCAAGUAAAUUCAAAUGGAAAAGAAACUAAAUUUUCAUCUGGGAGAAAAAACAAAGAGACACAAAAAGUAAUAAAGGAAACUGCAAAGAAAAGUGAAAUUGAAACCAAGAAAAAAACAUAUAGACAACCUGUUCAAAUAAAAGCAAAUGAAAACUCAAACCAUGAACUGUUAUUGAAAUGGAAAAUAACUCCUGCUGAUUUCGACUUUCUCAAAAAGCAAGGGAUUACGUGGGAAAAAGGGAGAUGGUCUAAGGAGGAGAUUCAGUUGCUUGAGGCCAAUAUUGAAAAAGCAGUAGCUCAUACUGGAUUGUCUCAUGAAGAGUUUUUCGAGAAGCUGAUGGGCAAGAAAGGCAAAGUAAGAGACGAGAGAUUUACAGAUAUUUAUCGUAUGUUUGUUCAAGGCAUCAACAGACCACUUAAGUUAGUAUUUGAGAAGGUAAUGAGAACUUAUGAUCCCUAUAAUAACAAAGGAAACUGGACAGAAAAAGAAGAAAAACAACUUUUAGAGCUUUACCACAAACAUGGCAACCAAUGGGCGGAAAUUGGAGAAAAGAUGAAAAGAAGUAAAUUUGCAAUAGCUCAUAAAAUCAGACGGUUGAUUAAUUUCUCAAGCAAUGGUGAUAUGGCAGCAAUCCCACCUACAAUAAUUAGUAGAAAAUGGACACCAGAGGAAGUAUAUAGAUUACAAGAAGCAAUCUCAAAAGUAUUGGAUGAUAAAAAGAGUCAAAAUGGAAAUAGUGGCCAAAGUAGUGAGGUGGUGUUUAACUGGGAAGCUAUAGCAUCUGAAGUUAAAACAAGGAGCUGUGAGUCCUGUAGGACUAAAUGGAUAUAUGACCUGUCUUUGAGAGAUAAGGCAAGUGGAAAAAAGCUUUUAUGGAAUCGUGAUAAUACUGGAUUACUGAUAUCAAAUUUACUAGAGACUGGGGUUACUAUAGAGAAGAACAUUGAUUGGAACAAGAUUGUUGAAAAACUACAGCUGCCAGUGUCAGGGCCUUACUUAAAAUUGAGGUGGAAAACCCUAAAGUUAAUGAUACCAAAUCGCAGAGAAAAAAGCUUCAAUGAACAGUUGUAUUGGCUAGAACAAAAGUAUUUAUAAAUGCAACUACACAUAGAUCUGAGCAUGAAUUCAAAUUGGUGAGAAAAUUAUGUUUUUGAAUUUGCUUUACAUAGUUUUUGCUUUUAGUUUUUCAUGAGAUUACUACUUUAUAAGGUUAGGCAUAUUAAUAAGAUUUUGCCAGGAACAUUUAUGUAUAUAAGCUCCUUAGUGGUAACUUCAUUUCCACUCCUACCUAUAUACGAAAUAAUUUUUGUUCCAGAGAUCUUAAUACCAUCCUUCCACAAAAAGUGUGAUUGAGCCUAGUUUCAGAUCCAGGAAGCACCAGCCACUCUUAUAAGCAACAGCCGGUUAACAAUGCCAACUUGAACAUAAAAUUAUCGAUAGAGAGGUAACAGACUUAUGAAAAGAAGAAAUCCUUUCUUUUGUAACUAAGACCAUUAAGUUUCACAGAUUUUGAACUGGGGCUUAUUGCUCGGAUUCUGUUUUGUUGUAUGUAUUAAGAGCCAUUUCAGCAUAUAGAUCUAUUGGAAGAAAAGGGGGAUUGUUUUAGCUCUUUAUAGAAAUGUUAGAUUAAAACUGAAAUGUUUAUCCUAAUAUGAACGUGUUAAAUGGACUCCAAUAUCCCAUAAUUGAUAAGAAUAUGCAGGGAAUUAAAUGGAUGAGUUUGGAAUUUGGUACAAAAAGGGAGAAUUAUGACAUCAUGUUCUAAUUUACUCCGAACUUUUGGUCUAGAAAAUUAAGAUGCUUUUUUGCCUUUCCCAUUUCAUAAGUGGAGUGACUCUGUCAGUUUUAGAAUUUCUGGGACAUUGAGUUUGUUUUUAAUAGUGUCGAGAGGUAAUUUUGGGCAAGAAAACAUUAGUCGUCUCUUGCUUGAUUUAACAACCCUUUUACUCCUGACUGAAGAUAUUUUUUGGAAGCAGUUUCUUAGCAUAUUUUAGGAAAUCUUAAGGCAUGAUAUCUUUGCAAGUUUUAGAAGACUUUAAUUAUGAAGGCUUUAGAAUGCUCGUCCCAUACAAGUUUCUCAAGUUGUACUUGCCAGUAUUUAGUAUUAUCUAAAACAUCAAUAUACGCCAAUUUUCUGAUGGUAAAA